AUGCACGUGAAAGCUAAAAAGUCGAUCAAACAAAUGAUUGAUUCUAACAUAUGCUCCGUUUUUAAUCACUUCGCUAAAUUGUCACUUGAAGGUACAAAACAGUAUUUUUACUUUUCAAUUCAUGAGCACUUGGAAGCAUCUUGUCCUCAAUUCUACGAGGGCAUUACUUGGACCAUAUGUGGAACGCCGGAAUAUAUGGCUCCGGAAGUAAUUCAAGGCAAAGGUUACGGAAAGAACGUUGACUGGUGGUCCGUCGGAAUUCUGAUCUAUGAAAUGGUUUCAGGGUAAGC